AGAGGCAGAGAGGCAGAGAGGCAGAGCGGCAGAGAGGCAGAGAGGCAGAGAGGCAGACAGGCAGAGCGGCAGAGCGGCAGAGAGGCAGAGCGGCAGAGCGGCAGAGAGGCAGAGAGGCAGAGAAGCAGGGAGGCAGAGAGGCAGAGAGGCAGAGCGGCAGAGCAGCAGAGAGGCAGAGAGGCGAGAGGCAGAGAGGCAGAGAGGCAGAGCGGCAGGGAGGCAAAGAGGCAGAGAGGCAGAGAGGAAGAGAGGAAGAGAGAAGAGAGGCAGAGAGGCAGAGAGGCAGAGAAGAGAGGCAGAGAGGCAGAGCGGGCAGAGAGGCAGAGAGGCAGAGAGGCAGAGAGGCAGAGAGGCAGAGAGGCAGAGAGGCAGAGAGGCAGAGAGGCAGAGAGGCAGAGAGGCAGAGGGGCAGAGAGGCAGAGAGGCAGAGAGGCAGAGAGGCAGAGAGGCAGAGAGGCAGAGAGGCAGAGAGGCAGAGAAGCAGGGAGGCAGAGAGGAAGAGAGGAAGAGAGGAAGAGAGGCAGAGAGGCAGAGAGGCAGAGAGGCAGAGAGGCAGAGAGGCAGAGAGGCAGAGAGGCAGAGAGGCAGAGAGGCAGAGAGGAAGAGAGGAAGAGAGGCAGAGAGGCAGAGAGGCAGAGAGGCAGAGAGGCAGAGAGGCAGACAGGCAGGGAGGCAGAGAGGCAGGGAGGCAGAGAGGCAGAGAGGCAGAGAGGCAGAGAGGAAGAUAGGAAGUGAGGAAGAGAGGCAGAGAGGAAGAGAGGAGAAGAGGCAGAGAGGCAGAGAGGCAGAGAGGCAGAGAGGCAGAGACGCAGAGAGGCAGAGAGGCAGUGAGGCAGAGAGGCAGAGAGGCAGAAAGGCAGGGAGGCAGAGAGGAAGAGAGGAAGAGAGGAAGAGAGGCAGAGAGGCAGAGAGGCUGAGAGGCAGAGAGGCAGAGAGGCAGAGAGGCAGAGAGGCAGAGAGGCAGAGAGGCAGAGAGGAAGAGAGGAAGAGAGGCAGAGAGGCAGAGAGGCAGAGAGGCAGAGAGGCAGAGAAGAGAGCGAAGGCAGGGAGGCAGAGGAAGAGGCAGGAGGCAGAGAGGCAGAGAGGCAGAGAAGGAGAAGAGAAGGAAGAGAGGAAGAGAGGCAGAGAGGCAGAGAGACAGAGAGGAAGAGAGGAGAAGAGGCAGAGAGGCAGAGAGGCAGAGAGGCAGAGAGGCAGAGAGGCAGGGAGGCAGAGAGGAAGAGAGAAGAGAGGCAGAGAGGCAGAGAGCAAGAGAGGCAGAGAGGCAGAGAGGCAGAGAGGCAGAGAGGCAGAGAGGCAAGAGAGGCAGAGAGGCAGAGAGGCAGAGAGGAGAGAGGCAGAGAGGCAGAGAGGCAGAGAGGCAGAGAGGCAGAGAGGCAGAGAGGCAGAGAGGCAGAGAGGCAGAGAGGCAGAGAGGCAGAGAGGCAGAGAGGCAGAGAGGCAGAGAGGCAGAGAGGCAGAGAGGCAAAGAGGCAGAGAGGCAGAGAGGCAGAGAGGCAGAGAGGCAGAGAGGCAGAGAGGCAGAGAGGCAGAGAGGCAGAGAGGCAGAGAGGCAGAGAGGCAAGAGAGGAAGAGAAAGGCAGAGAGAGAGAGGCAGAGAGGCAGAGAGGCAGAGAGGCAGAGAGGCAGAGAGGCAGAGCGGCAGGGAGGAGGCAGAGAGGAAGAGAGGCAGAGAGGCAGAGAGGUGGGAGGCAGAGAGGCAGAGAGGCAGAGAGGCAGAGAGGCAGAGAGGCAGAGAGGCAGAGAGGCAGAGAGGCAGAGAGGCAGAGAGGCAGAGAGGCAGAGAGGCAGAGAGGCAGAGAGCGAGAGGCAGAGAGGCAGAGAGGCAGAGAGGCAGAGAGGCAGAGAGGCAGAGAGGCAGAGAGGCAGAGAGGCAGAGAGGCAGGGAGGCAAAGAGGCAGAGGAGGCAGGAGGCAGAGAGGCAGAGAGGCAGAGAGGCAGAGAGGCAGAGAGGCAGAGAGGCAGAGAGGCAGAGAGGCGAGAGGCAGAGAGGCAGAGAGGCAGAGAGGGAGAGCGGCAGGAGGCAGAGAGGCAGAGAGGCAGAGAGGAAGAGAGGAAGAGAGGAAAGAGAGGGAGGGAGGCAGAGAGGCAGAGAGGCAGAGAGGCAGAGGGCAGAGAGGCAGAGAGGCAGAGAGGCAGAGAGGCAGAGAGGCAGAGCGGCAGGGAGCAGAGAGGCAGAGAGGCAGAGAGGCAGAGGCAGAGAGGAGAGAGGCAGAGAGGCAGAGAGGCAGAGAGGCAGAGCGGCAGAGAGGCAGAGCGGCAGAGAGCAGAGCGGCAGAGCAGCAGAGAGGAAGAGAGGAAGAGAGGAAGAGAGGCAGAGAGAGAGGCAGAGAGGAAGAGAGGAAGACAGGAAGAGAGGCAGAGAGGCAGAGAGGCAGAGAGGCAGAGCGGCAGAGCGGCAGAGAGGCAGAGAGGCAGAGAGGCAGAGAGGCAGAGCGGCAGGGAGGCAGGGAGGCACAGAGGCAGAGAGGAAGAGAGGAAGAGAGGAAGAGAGGCAGAGAGGAGAAGAGGCAGAGAGGCAGAGAGGCAGAGAGGCAGAGAGGCAGAGAGGCAGAGAGGCAGAAAGGCAGGGAGGCAGAGAGGAAGAGAGGAAGAGAGGAAGAGAGGCAGAGAGGCAGGGAGGCUGAGAGGCAGAGAGGCAGAGAGGCAGAGAGGCAGAGGGGCAGAGAGGCAGAGAGGCAGAGAGGAAGAGAGGAAGAGAGGCAGAGAGGCAGAGAGGCAGAGAGGCAGAGAGGCAGAGAGGCAGAGAGGCAGUGAGGAAGAGAGGAAGAGAGGAAGAGAGGCAGAGAGGCAGAGAGACAGAGAGGAAGAGAGGAGAAGAGGCAGAGAGGCAGAGGCAGAGAGGCAGAGAGGGAGAGGCAGAGAGGCAGGGAGGCAGAGAGGAAGAGAGGAAGAGAGGAAGAGAGGCAGAGAGCAGAGAGGCAGAGAGUCAGAGUGGCAGAGAGGCAGAGAGGCAGAGAGGCAGAGAGGCAGAGAGGCAGAGAGGCAGAGAGGCAGAGAGGCAGAGAGGCAGAGAGGCAGAGAGGCAGAGAGGCAGAGAGGCAGAGAGGCAGAGAGGCAGAGAGGCAGAGAGGCAGAGAGGCAGAGAGGCAGAGAGGCAUGGAGACAGAGAGGAAGAGAGGAAGAGAGGCAGAGAGGCAGAGAGGCAGAGAGGCAGAGAGGCAGAGAGGCAGAGAGGCAGAGAGGCAGAGAGGAAGAGAGGAAGAGAGGCAGAGAGGCAGAGAGGCAGAGAGGCAGAGAGGCAGAGAGGCAGAGAGGCAGAGAGGCAGAGCGGCAGGGAGGCAGAGAGGCAGAGAGGCAGAGAGGAAGAGAGGAAGAGAGGAAGAGAGGAAGAGAGGCAGAGAGGCAGAGAGGAAGAGAGGAGAAGAGGCUGAGAGGCAGAGAGGCAGAGAGGCAGAGAGGCAGAGAGUGAAAGAAAAAUUAGAACAGUGA